AUGGCUCCAGAAGGUUCUGCAGAUCUGGCUAUUGAACCAGAGCUCGAUUACGAAGGUCUUGGUGGGAACUAUCCUCUUCAUAUCAAUAUGAUUGCAGGAUCUCUUGCCGGCAUUACGGAACACGGUGUCAUGUUCCCUGUCGAUGUGAUUCGGACUCGCAUGCAAGUGUUGACUACAUCUCCAUCUGCCACAUACACCGGUAUAGCUGAUGCAUUUGCACGUAUCAGUUCGGUGGAAGGUUUCCGUGCGCUUUGGAAGGGUAUCGCUUCUGUCAUCCUUGGCGCUGGCCCCGCUCAUGCGCUGUAUUUUGGCACUUACGAACUUGUAAAAGAUUUGACUGGUGGCAACAAGGAGGGAUUUCAAUUUCUUAGCACCACUUUGGCUGGCGCUUCUGCCACGAUCGUAUCUGAUGCUUUCAUGAACCCUUUUGAUGUGAUCAAGCAGCGUAUGCAAAUGCAUGGCAGCCCGUAUACAUCUAUCACCCAUUGCGCAACACAUCUUUUCCGCAGUGAAGGCCUGCGUGCAUUCUAUGUAUCAUACCCUACCACGCUUGCUAUGACUGUUCCCUUUACUGCGAUUCAAUUUGCGACAUACGAGUGGGCCCAGGAAGUGCUCAACCCCAACAACCACUAUUCGCCCAUGGCACAUGCAGUGGGUGGUGGCUUUGCUGGUGCGAUUGCAGCCGCCUGCACCAACCCAUUGGAUGUUACCAAGACCUUGCUGCAGACGAAAGGGUGUAGCUCGGAUCCUGAGAUUCGUCAUGCCAAGUCGAUGUGGCAAGCAGGGCGCAUCAUCUACGCACGUGAAGGGCUCCGUGGAUUUAUGCGUGGUCUUACACCCCGCAUUUUCUCGCACAUGCCAUCCAAUGCCUUGGCGUGGCUAUCGUACGAAGGUUUCCGAUCUGCUUUGCACGAGUAUGGCAAUGAGUCCUAG